AUGACGCCCGACCCCGAGAAGAGAGAGCUGUGCGACAGCUCAAGUCAAGAUGGCCUCGAGUCGCGGGACGAGAUCACCAUGGGUGGUCACGAGAAGGCACAGCUGGGACAAACACCCUUUCCAACCAUGCUGCCCAACGAGCCAGCACCACCUCUGCAUCGGCUAGACUCUCAGAUACCGAAGAAGACGGACGAGGAGAAGAAGGACACCGACGACGUGUUUUCACACCUGCCAGAGCAUGAAGCCGCGAUACUGAGGCGGCAGCUGGAAAUCCCACCCGUCAAGGUCACAUACAAAGCUCUGUACCGAUACGCGACCAAGAUAGAUCUUCUCCUCAUGGUCAUCUGCAGUAUAUGCGCCAUUGCUGGAGGAGCUGCUCUGCCGCUGAUGACGAUUAUCUUCGGAUCGCUUGCUGGAACAUUUCAAGGUUUCUUCCAGGGUACAACGACCGGGGCCGACUUCUCGAGUACAAUCAGCCACUUGACACUGUACUUUGUCUACCUAGGCAUUGGAGAAUUUGUCGUCACCUACAUUGCCACCGUCGGCUUCAUCUACACGGGAGAACACAUCUCCGGCAAAAUUCGACAACACUACCUUGCUAGCAUCCUUCGCCAAAACAUUGGCUACUUCGAUAAGCUUGGCGCUGGCGAGAUCACGACCAGGAUCACCGCCGAUACCAACCUUGUCCAGGAUGGUAUCUCCGAGAAAGUCGGUCUUACUUUGACCGCGAUUGCGACCUUCGUUGCUGCGUACGUGAUUGGCUAUAUCAAGUUCUGGAAGCUCACCCUCAUCCUGACCUCGACCAUCGUGGCCAUCUUCUUGACCAUGGGAGGCCUUGGACAAUUCAUCGUGAAGUGGAACAAACUGUCACUCUCAUCGUACGCAGAGGGCGGAACCGUCGCUGAGGAAGUCAUUAGCUCCAUUCGCAAUGCCAUUGCGUUCGGCACCCAGGACAAGCUUGCCAAGGAAUACGACAAGCAUCUGGGCGUCGCAGAGAAGUCGGGCUUCAAGACCAAGGCCAUCACGGGCUCGAUGAUAGGAUUCUUGAUGUGCUAUGUCUACCUCACAUACUCGUUGGCGUUCUGGUUAGGAAGUCGGUACGUGGUGAGCAAUGAGGCUACGCUAUCGGAUGUACUCACAAUCUUGUUGUCCAUCAUGAUCGGUGCCUUUGCUUUGGGUAACGUCGCGCCGAACAUCCAGGCCUUCACGACAUCGAUUGCUGCUGCAGCCAAAAUCUACGCUACUAUUGAUCGCAAGUCGCCAUUGGACCCAACCUCCCAGGAAGGCGAGAGGAUCGAGAACCUGCAGGGUGUUGUUGAGCUUCGUGACAUCAAGCAUAUCUAUCCUUCCAGGCCGGAAGUGACCGUCAUGCAGGAUGUGAACCUCGUCGUGCCUGCAGGUAAGACCACCGCUCUUGUAGGCGCUUCUGGCUCAGGCAAGAGCACGAUUGUCGGUCUCGUUGAACGCUUCUACGAUCCUGUAGGUGGUGAGGUUCUCCUUGAUGGGCUUAACAUCCAGGCGCUCAAUCUUCGAUGGCUACGACAGCAGAUCAGUCUUGUAUCCCAGGAGCCAACUCUUUUUGCGGCUACGAUUGCUGGCAACAUUCGACAUGGCCUCAUCGGCACCGAGCACGAGUCACUGCCAGAGGAUAAGAUUCGAGAACUCAUCGAAGAUGCGGCGAAACAGGCGAAUGCUCACGACUUCAUUUCUUCUCUGCCAGAGGGUUACGAAACCAAUGUUGGCGAGCGAGGCUUCUUGCUAUCCGGUGGCCAAAAGCAACGUAUUGCCAUCGCAAGAGCGAUUGUCAGCGACCCCAAGAUCCUCCUACUCGAUGAAGCCACUUCAGCCCUUGACACGAAGAGUGAAGGUGUGGUGCAAGCAGCUUUGGACAAGGCGGCCCAAGGAAGAACCACCAUUGUCAUUGCUCAUCGACUCAGCACCAUCAAAGAUGCGGACAACAUCGUCGUCAUGUCACAAGGGCACAUCGUUGAGCAGGGUAACCACAAUGAACUCCUCGAGCGCAAGGAAGCAUACUACAACCUCGUCGAGGCACAGAAGCUUGCAGCUGAGACUGAGCAGAAGCGCGAAGAGGAGAUGGAGAUCCUUGAUGACGACCUGAAUGACGGCAACUUGCUUGAGAAGUCUUCGACUGAUCAUGUCCAGGAGUACGAGGAAGAUCCAAACGACCUGACGCUGGGCAGAAGCAAGUCGGUCCAAUCCGCAUCGAGCAAAGUUCUCGCAAGCAGGAACUCUGAGUCAUCAUCAAAGUAUUCACUCUGGACACUGAUCAAGGUCGUCGGAUCUUUCAACAAGAAGGAGUGGCAAUACAUGCUGGUUGGCUUAGCCUCUGCCAUCAUCUGUGGAGCUGGUAACCCUGUGCAGGCUGUCUUUUUCGCCAAGUCUAUCACCGCCCUGGCACUUCCACCUAGUCAGUAUGAUGAGCUGCGGUCACAAGCCAACUUUUGGAGCUGGAUGUAUUUCAUGCUUGCCCUGGUCCAGCUGAUCUCGUACCUGAUCGAGGGUGUUGCUUUUGCGUACUGCAGUGAGAAGCUUGUGCACCGCGCUAGAGACAUGUCAUUCCGUGUGAUGCUGAGGCAGGACAUUGCUUUCUUCGAUAAGGAAGAGAACUCCGCCGGAGCACUUACCAGCUUCUUGAGUACUGAGACGACGCAUCUGGCGGGCAUGUCUGGAGUCACGCUCGGCACGAUUCUUCUGGUCACAACGACUCUGGUCAUCGGUUUCACCAUCGCUUUGGCUAUCGGCUGGAAACUCGCGCUUGUAUGCAUCGCCACCGUGCCGAUUGUCCUAGCAUGUGGUUUCUUCCGCUUCUGGAUGCUCGCAAGGUUCCAAGCUCGCGCAAAGAAAGCCUACGAAAAGUCCGCCUCCUACGCUUGCGAAGCCACGUCUGCCAUCCGCACCGUCGCCUCCCUGACCCGCGAAGACGACGUCUGGAACCACUACCACCUCCAAAUCGUCGACCAGGAAUCCAAAUCCCUCGUCUCCGUCCUCCGCUCCAGCAGUCUUUACGCCGCAUCGCAGUCAUUGAUGUUCCUCUGCAUCGCUUUGGGAUUCUGGUACGGCGGCACCCUCAUCGGCAGCGGCGAGUACGAUCUCUUCCAGUUCUUCCUCUGCUUCUCCGCUGUUAUCUUCGGUGCGCAGUCUGCAGGUACUAUCUUCAGUUUCGCACCGGAUAUGGGUAAGGCUAAACACGCCGCGGCGGAGAUGAAGACGAUGUUCGACCGCAAACCCGAAAUCGACACGUGGAGCACCGAGGGCGAAGUCCUCGAGACCAUGCAUGGCGACAUCGAGUUCCGCGACGUCCACUUCCGCUACCCUACCCGACCAGAACAGCCCGUCCUCCGCGGUCUGGACCUCCAAGUCCGACCAGGCCAAUACGUCGCUCUCGUUGGCGCCUCAGGCUGCGGAAAAUCCACUACCAUCGCCAUGCUGGAACGAUUCUACAACCCCCUCGUCGGAGGCAUCUACGUGGACGGCAAAGAAAUCUCAUCACUAAACGUCAACUCCUACCGCAACCACCUCGCCCUCGUGUCCCAGGAACCAACGCUGUACCAGGGCACGAUCCGCGAGAACAUCCUCCUAGGAGCAGACAAGAAGGACUGCGACGUCUCGGAGGAGUCGAUAGUACAGGCAUGCAAAGACGCGAAUAUCUACGACUUCAUCCUCUCCCUGCCCGACGGCUUCUCCACCGUCGUCGGGUCCAAGGGGUCCAUGUUGUCGGGUGGACAGAAGCAACGUGUCGCUAUUGCUCGCGCGCUCUUGCGGGAUCCUAAGAUUUUGCUGCUUGAUGAAGCGACCAGUGCAUUGGAUAGUGAGAGCGAGAAGGUCGUCCAAGCGGCACUGGACAAAGCCGCAAAGGGACGCACUACAAUCGCAGUAGCGCACCGCCUCUCGACAAUCCAGAAAGCAGACAUGAUCUACGUCUUCGACCAAGGGCGGAUCGUGGAGAAUGGGACGCAUUCAGAACUGAUUGCGAUGAAGGGGCGGUAUUUUGAGUUGGUGAAUUUGCAGAGUUUGGGGCGGACGUCAAGUUGGAGGAGGACUGUUGGGGAGUAA